UAUCUCUGGCUUUUGCCUGCCACUUCCACUGGGAGACUCAGUUAUGAAAAGGGAAAUGUCUGUACCCAACAGCCCCUGAGCCCUGGCCUGUAAAGGCUAAAAGGGCUCGCCAUUCCUGAGAGCCCGGGGCUGCUCCGGUGGCCCAGGGGUCGGCGUUCGGGGGCUCCUAGGGGCAGUACCUGUUGGAAGAAUGGGCAGCAGAAUGGAUCCAACUGCCAGAGUUGCCCUUCGGUGGUGUCUGCUGCUAUUCCUGCUGAUCGUAGUGCUAACUAAGAGGGCACAUGCUGGUGUAAAAAAAUACGAUGUGCCCUGUGGUGGAAGAGACUGCAGUGGAGGUUGUCAGUGCUAUCCUGAGAAAGGAGCCCGGGGUCAACCAGGACCAGUUGGGCCACAAGGAUACAGUGGACCACCAGGGCUGCAAGGUAUUCCUGGAUUACAAGGACGCAAAGGUGAUAAAGGUGAACGUGGAGCACCAGGAAUAACAGGGCCCAAAGGAGAUGUGGGACAAAGAGGUGUUUCUGGAUUUCCUGGAGCUGAUGGAAUUCCUGGUCAUCCAGGUCAAGGUGGACCCCGGGGAAGACCAGGCAGUGAUGGUUGCAAUGGAACCACUGGAGAUGCUGGUACACAGGGACCUCCAGGUUCUGGGGGUUUACCUGGACUCCCUGGACCACAAGGACCCAAAGGUCAGAAAGGUGAACCUUACGCAUUUUCUCAGGCUGAUCGAGAUAGAUACAGGGGCGAUUUGGGCGAACCUGGUUUUAUCGGUUUACCAGGUCCUCCAGGUUAUCCUGGCAGUCCGGGAAAAAUUGGUCCUGUUGGAGCCCCUGGACGACCGGGACCUCCUGGACCCCCAGGACCAAAAGGACAAGCAGGCAACAGAGGCCUUGGUUUUUAUGGUGAAAAGGGUGAAAAGGGUGAUAUUGGGCGGCCCGGUCCCACUGGAAUUCCAUCAGAGAGUGAAGUUUCUAUUACCAUUACUGAAAAUGUGCUGGAACAAAUAGAUCAAUAUAAGGGUGAAAAAGGAGACCGGGGAGAUCCAGGCUGGAGUGGAAUUUCAGAAAAAGGUGAAGAAGGAAUAGUGGGCUUUCCAGGACCACGGGGCUCACCAGGCAUCAAUGGUGCAAGAGGAGAACCAGGAGACAAAGGAUUACAAGGAGCUGAUGGAUUUCCAGGAAGUGACGGCUAUAAAGGACUACCGGGAGACAUAGGUGACCGAGGUCCCCCAGGACUACCUUCAUAUUCACCCUACCCCUCUCUAAUAAAAGGAAUAAGAGGUGACCCAGGAGAUGCAGGGGCUCGUGGCCCUGAUGGAAGUCCAGGUCAACAAGGAGACCCUGGCCCGCCAGGUCCCCAGGGAACAACAGAAGGAGAUGGAGAUGAACGAAGAGGCCUUCCAGGUGAAAUGGGAGCCAAAGGUUUUAUAGGUGACCCAGGUUUUUCAGCUCUAUACCCAGGACCUCCAGGUAUAGAUGGAAAACCAGGACUUCGAGGACCACCUGGACCUGCUGGGCCACCAGGACCAGAUGGAUUUCUUUUUGGGCUUAAGGGAACUGAGGGAAGUGUGGGUUACCCAGGCCCUUCAGGAUUCCCAGGAGCACGAGGACAAAAAGGAUGGAAAGGUGACCCUGGAGACUGUAAAUGUGAUCUUCCCAGUGGCCUUCCUGGUCCACCAGGACCCAUUGGUCGUCCUGGUGUAAAUGGAGAGCCUGGGAGGAAAGGGGAAAUUGGUGACCCAGGCCCACAUGGUAUUCCUGGUUUCUCGGGCUUCAAGGGCAACCCUGGCAUUCCUGGAUUACCUGGACCUAAAGGACAGAAAGGAGAUUCUAGAGAAAUUACAACAAAAGGUAGCAGAGGUGAUCAAGGCAAUCCUGGCAUACCUGGUUUGCAAGGUGAAGAUGGCUUUCCAGGGCAAGAUGGGCUAGAUGGUUUUCCAGGCCUUCCAGGUCUUCCUGGUGAUGGCAUCAAAGGCCUUCCAGGAGAGCCAGGUUUCCCAGGAAUAUCUGGUUUAAAGGGCAUUGCAGGAGAAAUUGGUCCUCCGGGCCUAGGUCUACCAGGCCCUAAAGGUGAACGAGGUUUCCCCGGUGACCCUGGAUUAAGUGGAAGUCCUGGCUUCCCAGGCCCUCCAGGCUCCCCAGGCGCUCCAGGCCAAACAGAUUGUGAUGGAGGUGUGAAACAGCCAAUUGGCCAAGAGAUAAUCCAACCAGAUUGUGUAAUAGCACCUAAAGGAUCUCCAGGACUGCCUGGACUGCCAGGAUCUCCAGGUGCUAAAGGUCAAAGAGGGAUUCCAGGAUUCCCAGGUACAGAUGGAUUUAUUGGGCUCAAAGGAUUCCAAGGAGAGGCAGGUCGUGAAGGAUUUCCAGGCCCACCAGGAUUUGUUGGACCCAGAGGAUCCAAAGGUGCGACAGGGCUCCCUGGGCUGGAUGGAAGUCCAGGAACUACAGGACUACCAGGUGCUGUAGGACCAACAGGACAAAAAGGACUACCUGGAGAAGUAUUAGGUGCACAGACUGGUCUCCCAGGAGAUCCUGGAUUGCCUGGAAUCCCAGGGUUGAAAGGAGAACUGGGAAACAGGGGACCUCAAGGAUUUAGAGGAAGCCCAGGUAUGCCUGGAAUGCCUGGGUUGAAGGGUCAGCCUGGAUUCCCAGGUCCUUCAGGUCAACCUGGAUUACCAGGGCCUCCCGGAACACAUGGCUUUCCAGGACCUCAAGGCCAAGAAGGACUACCAGGUCUUCCAGGCCCUUCAGGGUUUGCAGGUCUACCUGGUGAUAGAGGAGAUCGAGGUGAUGUAGGAGUCCCUGGCCCUGUGGGGAUGAAAGGUCUAGAUGGUGACAGAGGUGAUACUGGUUUUAUAGGAGAGCAAGGCAGAAGAGGAGAACCUGGAUUUCAGGGGAUACCUGGAAUGCCUGGCAUCCCAGGAACAAAAGGUUUCAAAGGGUCACCUGGUAUGGAAGGUUUCAAAGGCAUGUUGGGUAUCAAAGGAAGACCAGGAAUCAUUGGAUAUAAAGGAGAGGUUGGUGAUUUUGGAAUUCCUGGUUUGAAAGGUCUAACUGGUGAACCAGGCUUGAAAGGUAGCCGUGGAGAGCCAGGGCCUCCAGGAGAACCUCCAAAAUUCCUGCCGGGAAUGAAAGACUUCAAAGGGGAGAAAGGCGAUGAAGGACCUGUUGGUGGGAAAGGAUAUUGGGGCACAAAAGGUGGACAAGGAAUGCCAGGCAUUCCUGGACAGGCAGGAAUUCCUGGGUUACCUGGGACACCUGGUUACAUCAAAGGGGCUAAAGGUGAAAUCGGUGUUCCUGGAGUGCCUGGUUUGCAAGGAUUCCCUGGCAUAAUUGGUUCUCCUGGUAUUAGAGGCUUUCCUGGAUUUGUAGGUAUUAGGGGUGACAAGGGCAUGCCUGGACGAGAAGGUCUUUUUGGUGAGACCGGAAGUAUAGGAGAUUCUGGUGAUGAGGGAGACAUUAUAAACUUACCAGGGAGGCCAGGGUUGAAAGGAGAACUGGGCAUAUCUGGACUUGCAGGUGAGAAGGGCUUCAUUGGAGAAAAAGGCACACCAGGAGACCAUGGUUUUAUAGGAUUGAUGGGCAUAAAAGGAUCUCAAGGCCUUGUUGGACUGAAAGGACAGACAGGUUUCCCAGGACUGACAGGACUCCAAGGAUCCCAAGGAGACCCAGGUCGUGCUGGACCUCCUGGUGAAAAGGGAGAUUCUGGAUGGCCGGGGGUUCCAGGCUUAUCAGGUUUCCCUGGUAUCAGAGGACUCAGUGGACUGCAUGGCUUACCAGGCACUAAAGGCUUACCCGGAUCUCCAGGUGCAGAUGGCUAUGGGAAUCUUGGCUUCCCUGGUCCUUUUGGUGACAAAGGAGAGAGAGGAGAGCCUAACACAAUUCCAGGUCCCCUGGGAGCACCAGGGCAGAAAGGAGAGAGGGGAACCCUAGGGGAACAAGGUCCUUCCGGUAGCCCAGGAAUUCAAGGGUUUCCGGGAUUCACCGCACCUUCCAAUAUCUCUGGGUUACCAGGUGACAAAGGAGCACCAGGUCUAUUUGGACUACAAGGUUACAGAGGACCCCCAGGAGCACCUGGACCAUCGUCUUCCCCUGGAAUCAAAGGAGAAGUAGGAAGUCCAGGAUUUACGGGAGAAAGGGGACCCAAAGGAUGGGCAGGAGAUCCUGGACCCCAAGGCAGACCUGGAGUAUAUGGACUCCCAGGAGAAAAAGGACCUAAAGGACAGCAAGGACUCAUGGGAUACCAUGGGAUAACAGGAAAUAUUGGUGACAGAGGCCCCAAGGGACCCAAAGGAGACAGAGGAUUCCCUGGCACUCCUGGUGCUAUAGGAUCUCCUGGGAUUCCAGGAGUCCCCCUGAAGAUUGCCACAGAACCUGGAGUGGCAGGUCCCCACGGAAGGAGUGGGCCCCCUGGAAUACAAGGAGAGAUGGGUCCCCAGGGCCCUCCAGGUGAUCCAGGUUUACGAGGACUACCUGGAAAACCAGGACCCCAAGGAAGAGGUGGUAUAUCGGCCCUUCCAGGAUUCAGAGGUGACCAAGGUCCCAUGGGUCAUCAAGGACCAGUAGGCCAAGAAGGUGAACCAGGAAGACCAGGAAGUCCUGGGCUACCUGGCAUGCCAGGCCGCAGUGUUAGCAUUGGUUAUCUCCUGGUGAAACACAGCCAGACUGAUCAAGAGCCUAUGUGUCCAGUUGGAAUGAAUAAACUCUGGAGUGGGUACAGUUUACUGUACUUUGAAGGCCAGGAAAAAGCACACAACCAAGACCUUGGGCUGGCUGGCUCAUGCUUGGCUCGUUUCAGUACCAUGCCUUUCCUGUAUUGCAACCCCGGAGAUGUCUGCCAUUAUGCCAGCCGGAAUGACAAGUCCUACUGGCUCUCAACAACUGCGCCACUGCCCAUGAUGCCCGUGGCAGAAGAGGAAAUCAAACCCUAUAUCAGCCGCUGCUCUGUAUGUGAAGCCCCCGCCGUGGCCAUUGCUGUCCAUAGCCAAGAUGUCUCCAUCCCCCACUGUCCCGCAGGGUGGCGCAGCCUGUGGAUUGGCUACUCCUUUCUCAUGCAUACUGCGGCUGGGGAUGAGGGUGGCGGACAGUCACUGGUAUCUCCUGGCAGCUGUCUAGAAGACUUCAGGGCCACACCUUUCAUCGAAUGCAACGGAGGCCGAGGAACCUGCCACUACUUUGCCAACAAAUACAGUUUUUGGCUCACCACCAUUCCAGAGCAGAACUUCCAGGCCUCCCCCUCUGCAGAUACCCUCAAGGCAGGGCUCAUCCGAACUCACAUCAGUCGUUGCCAGGUCUGCAUGAAGAACCUAUAACCCUUUCCCAGGAGGCCUAGUGGAGAAAGAGAGCAACAUACUUCUUUCUUGCCUUGACAUUGCUAAAGAGAGUCAAUUUUGGUGCUUAACUUAUUACCUCAGAUGCUGAACAGAUUGAUUUUUUUUUAAACUAAAGGAAUUUGGCACCAGCACUUACACCAGUCAUUUCUCUAAUAUUAAAUAGACUCUUGCCUGUCUAAUUUUAUCCCCAUUUCAAAAUAAACCCUCAUCUUUUUUCUAACACUCUGACCCUUCAAACCAAGUAACCACUAAUAGAUGAACUACUACCAAACAUGUCACACUGGGUAAGCAGAUAACACUAUGUUGAGCUAAUUCAAUAAUGUGUUUUAUAUACUUAUUAUGUACACACAUCAUACUUUCCAUUGCAGCUGAAUAUUAAUAAAGUUGUGCUCAAUUAAUGGAAUCAUGCAAGGUGGAGCAAGAAAAUUAAAAUACAUGGUCUGAAUUGGUAGAAACUCCCAGGAAGAUAUAGUCUAUCCUCCCACAUUACUACAACCUGGCCGUUGUAGAGUAGGAAUGUCAGUGUCUUUGACCUCUGAGCUUACUUACCUUUUGGCCUUUUUGGACUGAAAAAUCACACUGUGCAGUAAUUUCUAGCCAACAUGAUAGCUUUAUAAAAAUAAUUCUCCUUAUACUCAAAUUCUAAAUACAUUCUUUUCACACAGAAAAUAUUUAAGUUGCCUGUAUGUACCUGCACCAGGGUGAACAGUGCUUUUUUAAAAGUUUUUGCCUAUUUUCAUGUAACUUGUCAAUAGUUCUUCUUGCCACAUAAACAUAAAAUUGGGCAAUAGAAAAUCAUAAGGCUACAAAAUUAAAAGAGACAUCUUAACUACCAUUUAGUCUAACUCACGUAUUUUACACAUAUGAAAACUGAGGCCUAGAGAGGGAACCUGACUUUUUCCAAGGCCACACAACAGAGCCAAGAUUGGAAUCCAGAACUCUGACUAAUGUUUCAGUAGUCUUUCCCUCCAUGCUGUCUCCACUUUGAGACAUGUUUAUUACCAACAAUAUCUUUUGGAAGGAUGAACUUCUAAAAUUUUAAUUUGUGUCUUCCACUACCACAAAUUAUCAUGAAAAUGUUGUGUUUCAUUCCUUUUAGUAAUUUGUGCUUUUUAUGAUUGUUCUACCUUGGCUGUAACUAUAACAAAAUAAAAGUGUUCCUGAUUUAUUUUCUAAAUCCUAAA